AUUUCUUGAAUAAAAUAAACAAUGGAGUUGUUUGCUUUAUUUCUGGCUAUUCUGACAGCGAGCAUUUGUCUAUACUAUUUUGUUUCAAACAAGUUAAAUUAUUUUGAUCGACUGCAAAUCCCGUAUGUGCAACCGAUUCCAAUUUUGGGCAACAUGGCACGUGUCAUUUUCGGACGUAUGUCCAUGGCGGAACAGAUACGAAACAUUUACAAUCUUUUUCCGGACGAAAAAUAUGUUGGAUUCCACGAUUUUACGAGGCCUACCUUCAUUAUUCGUGAUCCAGAGAUAAUUUCAACGAUUGCCAUCGAACAUUUUAAUAACUUCUGCAACCAUCGUAGCGUCGUGAACGAAUCACUCGAUCCGAUAGCCAGUAGAAAUCUGGUCAGUUUGCAAGGACACCGUUGGCACAAAAUGCGAAAGCUUCUCAGCCUUUCUUUUGCACCCAGCAAAUUAAAGAUGAUGUUUGGACUUAUAAGUGAGUGUGCCGAAAAUUCGAUCAAUUCUGUAGUAACGGAAUCUGGAAAAACCGGCAAGACGUUUGAUAUAAAUGAUUUAUUUUUGAGAUAUGCCAACGAUACGUUGGCCACCUGCGCUUUCGGCAUCAAAAUAGAUUGGUUCAACGAUCCGAAAAACUCAUUCUUUAUGAUUGGGAAAGAAGGAAUGACGUUUAAUUCUUGGAAAUAUUUCAAAUUUUUUAUGAACAGAAAUUUCCCGCUAAUUGCGAAACUUUUGAAGCUGAGACUGAUUGGCUCGAGAACAGAAAAUUUUUUCUAAGACAUCGUUACCACUGUUGUAAA